AUGGUGGUGGUGGUGGUGGCCGUUGUGAAGGUUGUGGUGGCGGUGGGGAUGGUGGAUGUGCUAGUGGUGGUGGUUGCUGUGAGGGUGGUGGUGGUGUCGGUGGGUGGUGGUAGUGGCAUUGGUCGUGGUAGUGGUGGCAAUGGUGGUGGUGGUUGUUGUGGUGGUGGCAGUGGUAGUGGUAGUGGUGGCCGUGAUGGUGGCCGUGGUUUGAGUGGUAGUGGUAGUGGUGGUGGUGGUGGUAGUGGUGGUCGUGGUUUGAGGCAUAGUGGUCGCGGUGGUGGUGGUCGUGGUGGUCGAGGUAGGCCGUGUGGUAGUGGUAGUGGUGGUGGUGGUGGUAGUGGUGGUCGUGGUUUGAGGCAUAGUGGUCGCGGUGGUGGUGGUGGUGGUGGUCGUGGUGGUCGAGGCCGUUGUGGUACUGGCCGUGAUGGCGGUCGUGGUUGUGUUUGUGGUGGUGGUGGUUGUGGUGGUGGGUGUACUAGUGGUGGUGGCUGUGGUGGUGGUCAUUGUGGUGGUGUUGGUGAUCGUAGUGCUGGUGAUGGUGGUCGUGGUGCUGGUGGUGGUGGCCCUUGUGGCGGUCGUGGUGGUGGUGGUGGUGGUGGUCGUAGUGGUGGUGGUGGUGGUGGUGGCAGUCGUGAAGCUGGUGACCGUGGUGGGGGUGGCUGUAAGACCCGUGAAAUUUAA